UCACUACUCUCUCAAAUACCCUAGAGACAAAGGAAAAAUUAACAAUUAAGAAAGGCAACACUUCCAUCCAACCGAAAAGUGAUUCUUCCUUCCGGGAAAAUAACAACAACGAUUCUAAUUUUUCACGCUCACAGGGAUCAACGGUUACUCUUCUGGAUUCAGAUUGAAGAAGAAGAAGGUGAAGACUGGUGAAUUCUAAGAAUACGUUAACAUGUCUGCGCUUUUCAAUUUCCAUUCAUUUCUUACUGUCAUACUUUUGGGAAUAUGUGCCUGCACUUUCUUCAAGAUGCAAUUUCCAGCAAUCCUUGAGCAGAGAACUGGAUUUCGCGGUUUCUUCUGGAAGGCGGCAAGAAUAGGUGAGCGUUUAAGCCCGUGGGUAGCUAUGGGUUGUUUCAUGAUGGGUGUUUCAAUAAUCUUCUUCUAAGCUUCGAUUCUGUCUACUCAAUAGGGGCAUCUGUUCUAUGCUCUGCUACAGUUUUGUAUGCUACAUGGUCUGCAGUUCUACAGUGUGAUAGUUUGUACCUAAAAUUAUUCCAUUGGAGCCCCUGAAACUCCAUUAUUUAGCUUUCUUUUCAGUAUAGCAGCCCAAAUCUGGUUAACCAAUUAUUCUCUUUAUAACUUUAUCUAACUUUAACUCCUUUUCAGUAUGCAAUUGUAUUUGUAGAGUUUGCUUGCCCUUUCCUUAGGAAUUAGUUGAAUUUUUUUCUGUUUGUCUCUUUAGCAUGCUUUAUUUGAAGGAAUUCAUAUAUCUACUCUCUACAUUACU